UUUGUGGGAUAAUUACUUGGAGAGAGCCGCUCCUGCUUUGGAGCUUCGAAAACGGCAACGCAACCCCUUGAGUCUCGUAGGAAGGCGACGAAGAUGGACUGGCGAACGAAGUGAAGUCUCGAUUGGUUAUUAACAGGAUUUAUGUUACAGAAUGAAAACUUAAUCUUGGCCAUGACUCAUUCCAAUUCUUGUCCUCGAUAGACGACGAUUAAUGAAUGUCACAAAGAUGUCAGCAGCAUAAUGGAUAUUGAAGAAGUUGAGUCAAAUCUCCAUGCCUUGAGGCAGUUAUAUGGAUUGUUAGAAAAUGAUGACGAGGAUGGAAAACCCAGGGUGACCACUGGAACUUUGGAUAAUAAAGGAAGGCUUUUGUUGAAAAGUUUACUGGACAGCGCUACUGAAAGGCUUUUUAAGGUCCAUUCACAGAUCAUAGCCCAUGAGGUUAAUGCAUCUCUACAAAACAGUUCAUUAAAAGUUGAGGGUUUCGCAAAGCCAGCAAGUGAGGCACCAAAUUUCAUCUUCUCCACCUGUGAGCCAGAAAACAGAAAGAAACGCUGCAAGAUUUGCCAACGUCCCAAGACAGUAAAGCACUUCAAACCUCCUACAUACCGGAAAGUCAAGUUCUCUGAUCACGCAUGCCAGAGCUCUAUUAAAGUCACUUCAGCACAGGAUAAACCAAGCAAUCAAAUCAGUCACUUUUGGCAGGACAGUGACCAGGAAGAAGAUGAGGGAUUUAGUUUGCAUAACAACAUAUGUUUCUCAUCAGGGAACUAUGAAAGGGAAAACACAGUGAACGGGCUCAGUCACAUUGAACCUAUUGCUUCUUCUACUACUACUAGGACAGAGCCCGAGUUUGUUAGAAAUCAAGGCAGCCAUGAACACGAAAUCGAGGAAAAAAAUGAUUUCUCAAAAAAAGUUUCAGAAGCCAUCAGACAAAUUGAAUUGCGUAUUCCAACGACCUUACAAUUGGAUUCCAACUCUGAGUCAGGGAACACUGCUGGUGACAAGUUUCUGCAAAUGGAUCUCCCUGGUGCUAUUAGGCAGACAAAAGGAUUAUUACCCAGUUUUGCGAAUGAACUGAACCGCCCAGAGCAUGAUCUUGCAAACAGAACAAUUCCUGAUUCCAACGGGUUUAGAUUGUUACAAGGCCAAAAGAAGACAACAGUACAAGCAAAUUCACUUUCUGCUUCUUCUUCUGCUAUAAGAAAUCAGGACCAAGACUCCUUGCCUCUGAAUUCAUAUACCCAGAAAACAAGAUACCCAAAAUCAACCACACAGUUGAAGGAAAACAAAAAUGGUUUGCCACUUAGGCACAUUACUACCAAGGUGAUGCAUACGUGGUCAGAUUCCAAGCAUGCUCAACUCCCACAGACCAGAAAACCAUAUAAAGAUGCGAGUAGAUAUGAAAACUAUGGAGAAAGAAGAUAUUUGAUCCAGGAACCAGAGGCUGAAACGUCAAGAAGCUCAUAUUCAAGCUGGUUAAGCAAGCAGAAUCAGCAUGGGAGAAGCACUUAUGAUGGCAGUCAUACUGAGGAAGAAGACUAUUUGGUGUCACACAGUGAUCAAAGCUAUACAAAUGCAUCAUCUAUCAGCAGUGACGCUGGGCAAUACCUUUCACGCCACAUUACAAGAAAUCGUUACAUGAAUGAAUCAAGCAGUGUUGAUAAUGAGGUUUAUCCAUCAUCAUCAUCAUCAUCGCCAAGCAGUGGUGGGUGUGAGACAUCUCCCCACUCAUUCCUAGAUUCUUGUUCUUCUUCCUACUCUCCUGAUUCUUCGUCGUCCAAUACUUCCAGUCCAGUUAGGGGGGACCACAAAUACACCCAUUCCAAGAACACUAAGCAGAAACGAGUCGGGCGGUGGGAGAGAUUGAAGGACAAGCUGGGGAUUAUAUUUCACCAUCACCAUCACCACCACCAUCAUCACAAUAGCAACAAUAUCAAGAAGAAAGAUGAGAAUGUCACCACAAGUUAUGAUAUAACCAAGCACAAGACACCAUCAUUGCUAAAGCACGAAGGAAAGAAGAUUCCACAUCCUCAAAGAAAACAUGAUGUCUAUGAAGGAGAGCAGGCCGUGCAGAAGGUUAGUAAAUCUGUGUAUGGAAAGAGCAAAAGUGGGAGCAACUUCCAGACACUGGUGAAGGGGUUGAAGGAAGCCCGCAGUUUGAAGAAACCAAAGCCACCUAAACAUGACCGCCUGCCCUCAAUGAAGAGGAAACAUGGUAACAAUAGAGUGGUGAAGGCAUCCCAUUGGUGGCAGCUGUUGCGUCACCAUGGGAAAUUCAACAAGCCACCCGCAUUGCUGGAUCCUAAUAGUGCUGAGAAGAAGAGCAAGAAGAAGAAGAAGCUCAUGAAAGAAUUUUCUAAGAUGAAGUGGUGACUACUCUCUGUAUUAGUCUGUACACAUAUAAUCUCUUCAAUGUUUGUAAUUUAAUUCCAUUGAAACGUGUCAUGAGCAGUGACAAAAUAUGAAUGAUCACUUGGUUAGGAUUAUUGUAAUUUAAUUCUUUUUAUCUUCUUUUUAGAAUUGUUAUUAUCCACUUGUACCAAGGCAUGUUUAAAUCCAUUAGGGGCUUGUGUAUAAUGAUAUAGUUUGACUAAAUACUUCAAAGUGAUAAACCUCAAGACUCC